UCGAUCGGGCGAGUGUUUUCCUGUCAAUUCUCGCAUUUUUUUUUUCAUUUUCCGGUGGUAAAACUGUUGUUUUGAGUUUCCUUUGUUCUAAAAUUUAUCCCACCACUGUGUACCAUUCGAAAAUCAAAUUUACGGGAAAAGACAAAUAAAACGUCAAGCGAACUGUCUGUGAAUGUGAGGAAUAGCUUUCAACACUGAGUUUUGGAAAAUUUGUUUUUCGGUUUUGGAGAGGAUUUUGGAGGUUAAGUGAUUUUUAGGGAGGGAAACUGAAGAGAGGUAGUUUGUGAAUAUUUGUGGUAGUUGUGAUUUUUUUUUUUGCGAGGCGCUUUUGAGAAACAGUGAGAAUCAUUCGAAAAGUGAAGGAAAAGAGUGAAGACUUUUAUUUUGUUCGUUGGGUUACGAGGCGUCUAGCCAGCGCCAUGUGUGUCCGACGUUCGAGCCUCGUGUUUAUUUUCUGAUAGAUUUCCAUUGUGGAAAAUAGGAGUUACCUCUCGGAAAUCGAGGCAAAACUGUUUGUUGCGCUUUGUUUCUGUCAGUGAAUGCGACACGAGAGAAAGACAGCGAGUAAAAUACCGGCUUUUCUCUCUUAACUUGUGGUAUUUCUAAUAAAUUUUCUCUUACUCGAGCCACAUUUUCUGUUGAUGACAUGAGAUACGGAAACUCGUGAGGGAAAUGGAGAUGGAAAAUACGCAGUUAUGAUAAUUAAUUGCAAUCUACAUUACCAACUGGGGCGGAAAUACAAAUAGAGGGGAAAUAUUCAUUGUUUACAAUUGUUUGAAUUUUAUCGCGAUUUACCGGUGUUGGAAAAAAUUUUGUUGCCAGUUUUAAUUUGUGUUUUUCUGUGAUAAAAUGACGAACAUCGAGUGCUUGGGGUUUAGUUUUGUGAUUUGAUACUGGAUUAUAACACAAACUCGAGAGUGAAAAUUUAUUCCGUACAAAUCGUGGUGUUUUUUUUUUCCCAUUGAGUGGAUUGUAAAGAAAAUGCAGUCGAACACGAUAUUGAGGGAGACUGGUAAUCCAGAGAAAUUAAUGGGUAAUAACAACAAUGGAUCACCCGGUGCUGACAUUAUGUUUCAAAUGGAGGACGAGAGCAUGACGCAGCUUGGAAAUGCAUUUCAAUCAGCUUAUCAGUCUAUCGCCGGUGGUGCACAGUAUGGAUCAGACGAAUUUGGUCAGGACUCCCCUAGGUACACAUCUCCAAAAGCAGCUGCGCUGUACGCAGAUCCCUACUACCUCGAUGGAAGUACGGGAGGUGCUCCUGGGGAUCCCUGGACAGGAAGUGGAGGUGUCCAACCACCUUACAGUGGAUAUGCACCACCACAUUUGGCACAACCAGCCUAUCCCAUGCACAUACCACACGAUCCAAUGGCAUAUUCGGCAAUGUCACCCAAUGGCGAGCCAGCGGCGCCAAUUCUUGGCUCAGCGGUGACGAGUGCAGCAUCAUUACCACCAAUGUCAACGUUUAGGGCAACUAGUGGCACUGGUGCACCAUCACCAGCAUCACUGCAAUACAAUCACAGUCCGGGUGCACCAAAUGCACCAUCGACAGGCCAAAAUGCACCUAGCAAUCAAACACCCGCCCAGGAGACACUUGGCAAGGCACUUGCAUCAGUAGUAAGCACACGAAUUUAUCCAACGGACCAAUCAGUGUCGAGUUACAGCAGCAAUCCAUCGACACCAGUGGGGUCACCUCCUCCUUUACCAGCGGCACCAGGUUGGGCCUCUGGUAAUGCCCCAGUGUCACCUCAUUUCACCGCAGACCCAACUCGCGGGACUAUACACAUGCCGGCGCCUGAACAGCAGAGGCUAGACGAUGCCAUCGGCUUCCUUCGUGAUCACGCCGAGCGUAAUCGAGACGAAUCGUCGGAUAUUCUGUUGGUACAGGGAUCUCGAAUGGAGGAAAGACUGGACGAUGCCAUAAAUGUAUUGAGGAAUCAUGCAGAGAGUCAAGUUAAUCUUCAUCUUGGUCCCGUGGGCCCUCAUGGUGCACUCUAUUCCCACACGUCACCCAGUCAAAUGGACCACCUUACGAGUCCACAUCCUGCGGUGACAGUGGCUCAACCCCAAGGAUCGUAUCCAGUUUUAACCCCGACCCCCGACACAGACGGAUCAAUCAAGAUUGAGAGGCUAUCAGUAGCGAAUGCCACAGAAUACAUCUCUUUAGAAAAGAGGAAAGAUCCACCAGACAGUAGUGGAGGUGAGACCAAGGCAUCGAGCAGUGAUUUAGCAGCUGGUGUCAUAUCAGGAUCAGCUGUCAACUCAACGUCACAGGGAAAAGGAACUAAACGUUCGCGCAGAUAUUGUUCGAGCGCCGAUGAAGACUGCGACGAUCCUGGCACCAAAGCGGUGCGUGAAAAAGAACGCAGACAAGCCAACAACGUUCGCGAAAGGAUACGUAUAAGGGAUAUUAAUGAAGCACUGAAGGAGUUGGGGAGAAUGUGCAUGACUCACCUCAAGACAGACAAGCCACAAACCAAGCUGGGGAUUCUCAAUAUGGCCGUGGAGGUUAUUAUGACCCUGGAGCAACAAGUUAGAGAGAGAAAUUUAAAUCCUAAGGCAGCGUGUCUUAAGAGACGAGAAGAGGAAAAGGCUGAGGAUGGUCCUAAACUGCCAGGACAUCUUGCUGCACACAUAACUCAUCCACAUUCUCAUCCACACGCACACGCGCAACCUCCCUUCCCUGCCAUGCCCGGGCCACCACCGUCCCUUCAGCACAAUCCUGCCCAGCCCCAGUAGCAGAGGUUCACCUCCGGCGUUGUUCUGUGUUAAAACUCGUGUGCAGUCAGGUCCAGGUACCCUGUAAAGUCGUAAAACGAACUGAAAUUUCUCAUAAAAUAAUGGGAAAACCUAAGGCAUGAGAUGAGAAAUUAAUAUGAAAAAUUAUAUCAUAUAUGCAUAAGGUAUAUGAGACUCUGAAGUAUAUAUCUCGACGGUAUAUACUGUUUGAAAGGCCUGGGUGACAACCGUGCGCGAGUCCUAUUUUUCGUUUAUUUUUCUUUUUGAUAUCAGUUUAUCAAUUUUAAACAAAAAUCAAUUGUGGGGAAUCGACAAAGUUAAUCAAAUUUUUUUCCACGUGAGUGCGGUUGGGUCUCUGGAAAAAUUACCGUUUAUUUUGAGCGACAAUAAAUAAGUAUUAUCGAUGGGGAAUUUUAAAUGAUUAAUGGUUAGAGAUGAAUAAACGGAAUUUUUCGAUUUUCGAUAUAUCUUUAUUUUUGGUUUUUGACAUAUCACAGCGCAUUUUGAGGAUUGAAUUGAAUUUUUGGAGAUGAAGAACCAUUUGGGAUAUUGAUUUGAAUAUUUCAUCAGUGACAAUAGAUUAAGAAUGGAUUUUUCAAAGUUUUUGGGAUUUUUAUCAGAUAAAAUUUGGUUUUUCACUGCAAAAAUUCAGUUUUAAUUGCGCGAAAGGAAAAUUUAGACACCUGCUACAUUGGAACUGUAGAUUUGCGUGUCGAUAAAAAUGACGAUUGAAACCCCCCGAUGAUGCCCACAUGAUAAAAUCCAUAUAUACAAACGAUAUAUAUAUAUAUAAAUAUAAAUAAAUUAAAUGAAUGAAAAUUGAGGAAGUUGAUAACAAAGAUUAAAGCGAAGAGAUUGAAUUAAAGUGAUUAGAUGAAAGACCCAUUUAAUGAAAAAGUGUAUGUGCAAACAAAUGUUUUUUUAAGUUUUAAAGUAAAUAAGGAACAAUGAGUAGUUUUUAACUGAUUAAAACGAGGGGAAUAUGAUGAUUAAUUGAACAACACACACACAAGUUUAAUUAUAGUCGUGGUCUUUUUAGGAGAAAAAAAAAAUAAUAAUAAAUAAACAAAACGAUUUAAUGAUAAACGAUAAUAUUGCUAAUAUAAAAUACGGCGGCUUAAAAUUAUUUUUAUAAAUAGCGAAGAAUGAAAAAUGAUGAAAUAAUUGAAAUAUGGUUCCUCUUUCGAUGAUAAAAUAGUGAUGACGAUUUUAUUACCACGGAAACUCCCAGGAUAAGUAGAAAACGAUGAAAUUUUGUGAUUUAUUCAGACGAGGGACUCAUGUUGUUGUUUUUUUUUUUUUUUAAUUUAUUAUUACUGGGGGUGGACAAGUGCCCAGUGGAGAUAUUAGUAUUUUUUUUACGAGUUGAAAUUAAAAUCGUGGCAAUUAUUUUUCCACAUGAUUGUCGAUUUUGUCCAGUGAAGUAAUGAUGGUGGUAAUUAUUUUCAUUGGUUUAUCCAAAGUGAUUUGGUGAAAUUAAUGAGAGACGGACGUGAAAUCCUCGCCUCAAUCAAUCGCAAAAUUCAUACUUCCCCUUCAUCUUGUAUUUCAUUAGUAAAAAACAAUAAUCCUUGGACUUGUAUUACUUGUAUACACUACGAUUCGUUGAGUUUACAAUUGUAGAUGCGUGGUAGUUAGAAUGUGAAUGAUUAAAAAGUGAAAGCAAAACGUAAAUACACGAGGGGAAAUAUGUGAAUUAUAGGUAAUGAGAGUGAGUGAGAGGAGAAUUAAUGAGUGAUUUGUCGAGGUGAUGACGGUUGUAUAUAAAUAUCAGUUAAGGACAACUUAAUGAGGCGCCCAGAGGCAUCACUGUCGUUUCAAGAUUGUUGAUUAUUCGUCGAUGAGGUUUGUGAGUUUUCAUUUCAACAGACUCUUAAUAUUUUCUUUUUUUUUCUCUCUCUUUCUCUGUACUCAAUGGGUAGAGUACACUUGUUCCGAUUUUUUUGCCAAUUAUCAGUAAAAAAAUCUGAACGAAAAUUAUUGCACCACCCACGGAUGAUUACACCUUUUUUUUAUUGAAUUUCUUUGCAAUAUCCUCAGCAGAAAAAAAUUAUUAUUCAAUGAGAAAAUCUAAAUGAACGACUCUCGGUAAUGAAUUCGCAGUGAUUCGUAUAAUUUGUACAUAAUUAGUGCCCAACGAAACAAUUGCGAAAUCACGAGAAUCUCUGGAUAAUUAUCAUUCAUAGUGUAAAAAAGUGGGGACUAAAUCAUUCAAUGACAACUUGAAUGAGUAAUUGACUUUUUUUUUCUCACUGAAGAAGUCGGAAUUUAUCUGUUAAUAGAAAAGUACUUAGACAGUUGAAUGAACCCACGAGCCACAUAAUCGACGAUAAAAAAAAUGCGUAAACAAUGAAUUAUCAAUGAAAAAUAAAAAGACAUUUGAUUUUUCCUUAAAAUUUAUUAUCAUGAGAAAAAUUGAAAAAUAAACCGUGAAAUGCUGAUCUCUGAUGUUGAAUGGGCUCUGAUAGGCAAAUGCAAUGAGAUAAUAAAAAAUGAAAAUUGCAAGAAAAUUUUAAUUAUUAAAAUUUACCAUCGAAGUAAUUACGUUUAAAACAUAUCUCUCGCAUAAUUUGUAAAUAAAA